AUGAGCCUCCUCUCCAGCGCCUACGAGGACAGUGAUGACUUUUACCGGGACCAAGACUUGGAGGACGACAGCCCCCCCAGAGCCACCUGCAAGUUUAACUUCACCGAGAGAGACCUGGACAGGCAUGUGGAGUUCAACAUUAAGGGCGAUGAUGUGAUAGUGUUUCUGCACAUCCAGAAGACAGGGGGAACCACGUUUGGGAGGCACCUGGUGAGGAAUAUCCGUUUGGAGCAGCCGUGUGACUGUAAACCUGGGCAGAAGAAGUGCACCUGCCACCGGCCUGGGAAAGAGGAGUCAUGGCUCUUCUCCCGGUUCUCCACCGGCUGGAGCUGCGGUCUUCACGCAGACUGGACCGAGCUCACGAACUGUGUGCCUGUCGUUAUGGAUAAGAAGGAAGCCCAGAGGAAUAAAAGCAGCUAUUCUCAGAUGAGUCUCCAGUACCGAGGACCGAGCGAGCGGGCGCAUAUUGGCACAGGCAUAGCGUUAGGCCACCUCGCUAAACAGCCAGCCGCUUUUACUGCCGGAUGA